UAAAACCUCCUUUCCAGUUUUUUCUUUGGUUUCUCUCUCGUUCUUUUCUCCAUUCGUGGCCUUCAUGGGGAAUUAUCACCGACGGACAACUUUGAGAUUUUUAGGCAGCCAGCUGCUGACGAAGCGAGCAGAUCAUCGACUGGGGCCCACAACACAGCCCUAAUGGCGGCCUCUCUCGCUUGGACUAUGCUGCUGCAUACCAUCCACAAGCUGAAAGGGUUCUCCCUUCUGGUGAAAAACAAAGGGCAUUCUCUUCUUCAACCAAAAAAAAUGUCUUUCGAGCAAGCAAAUGCAUAUCGGAGGGUCAAGCCCAUUACUAUCUCCUACUCAGAUCUCAUGGACAAGGAAAGGGAUUUGUCGGACAGGAUCGAGGAAGCAUUAGGUCCCGAGGGACUAGGCAUCAUUUUGAUCUCAGAUGUACCUGAAUUUUCUUUGCUACGGAAGAAUCUCCUCCAUCUUUCACCCGUAGUGGCAAGCCUUCAUGAUGAUGUAAGAGUAAGUAUUGAAGAUCCUUCAAGCAGGUUUGGCAUUGGCUGGAGUCAUGGCAAUGAGAGGCUUGAAUCCAAUAAAGUUGAUGUAUACAAAGGAUCAUUUGCUGCUAAUCCAAUUCUAGAUGUCCCUACGACUGAUGUUUCCCUUAUGCAGCGGUACCCAUCAUUUUGUUGUCCAAAUAAAUGGCCCAGCAGUGCUUUGCCCGAGCUUGAAGUGGCAUUCAAAGCUCUGGGAAAGAUGAUUUUGGAUGUCGGGCUGAAACUAGCAUAUCACUGUGACAAAUAUGUGUCAAAAACAAUGUUGAUUGAUGAGGACGAAGGCAUUGAGAAGAUAAUUAAGCGCUCUAGGUGCCACAAAGCUCGUUUACUCUAUUACUUUCCAAAGCAGAAAAGUGAAUGCAUGGAAGAUAGUAAAUCUAUUUCGUCAUGGGCUGGCUGGCAUACUGACUUCAGCUGUCUCACAGGUCUUACCUCCGGUAUGUUUACGAGAAAUAGUGAAGUGGUUGCAUGCCCUGAUAGUGCUGGACUUUAUAUAAAAGCGCGCAAUUCUGAGAUUGUGAAAGUUGUCUUUGGAGAGGAUGAAUUGGCAUACCAAAUUGGUGAUACGCUCGAAAUCAUUUCAGGACGCCGACUUUGUGCUACUCCACAUUGUGUGAGGGCACCUAGCUUGGAGGAGGCAGCAGGUGUGGCACGUGCAAGUUUCGCAAUGUUUAUGCAACCGGACUGGGAUGAAGAUCUUAAGCUUGGGGACAUGAGCAAUCCUGAUAUAAAGAUGACCCUGCCCAAUGAAAAUGUCACCUUUGGCGAGUACUCUGAGGCAAUUAUCUGCAAGUCUAUAACAUAAGGCUUUAUCCGUACAUCACUUGUCGUGCAUAAAUAAACUUGUAAUAAUUUGUUGAAGUUUGAUUGUGUUUUAUUACAGAGUCGAGAAUUUGUUUAGUCACACGGUACGGCGGCUUGAAAUGUCUUCCUAUAUUUUGCGACAUACCCAAUUAAAUAAGUUUGUACGUACUCGGUGAUGAUACAUGCAGAUUCUCACGGCGAAGGACGUCAUUGUACUUGCAUGAUUGCUUGCAGAUUCUGGCUCCAGCCAAGGUGAGCAAAACAAUAGUUUCAAGUUCUAAAAUGCUUGAAGUGGUGACAUGCGACUUGGUUCAGAAGAUAAAAGCGUAUCAGACACCAGGUUUUCAUGAAUUAUUUGCUUAAAGUGGUGACAUGCAACUUGGUUCAGAUGAUAAAAGCAUAUCAGACACCAGGUUUUCAUGAAUUUAUUUGCGGGAUGAGGGAGGACUUGAUUGACUUGGUUGACUGCAGACCGUCACGGUCGCAGUUAAAAUUUUUUUUGAUUUCUUGGAGAAGAAGAUGGUUAGAAUAUUGGGAGAACUUGGAGAAUUUGAAAGCGCGUUUUGGGUCUUUGAGGGGAAGAAAAAGAGAGCAGAAACUACUGAUGGACUUUAAUUUUUGAAGGGUCAUUGUGCUUGCUAUUAGUCUCUCAAAUCUUCAAUAAUUUAAUUUCU